AUGAAGCUCCUUCCCAAAGACCUCUAUUACAAGUAUGGAAACGAUUAUGUGGAUGCCACAAAGUUUAACAAGGGUGCCCAUCAAGAGGACUGUCUCAGCCGAGCACACUGUCAUAUUGGAGGCACGCCAUACGAACAAGCUGCCAUGACUGAUUUUCAUAGAAGUUUGGCCAAAUCCAUUUACAAAUUUUCACGUGUCAAAUUUAAUAAGGAUGUUGCCGUUCCACACUUUUCAGAAUAUGCAUCAGAAUUUUUGUCACUCACUUUAGAAUUGUUGAAAAAUACUUCAGAUUAUGCCACUCAAUGUUACCUGAUGGGUGCUCUUUGUACAUUCGAUGCAAAUGGAUACUUUAAGGAAAUGGCACCUCAAAUGUUUUGGAGCCAUUUGAAAGGAUUACCACUUUUCAAUGCUUCCAAAAUGAAGGAAAGAGAUUCAAAGGUUGGAUGGAAAGCUAAAUGUGGAAUAUUACCAGAGAGUGGAUGGACUCCAACUUCAAGAUGGAUACAACUUGAAGGAUCACUGGAAUCUGAAUAUCAUGAAUUUGAUUUACGCUUGGAGGAACUAUCGAAACAAAUGCGUCAAAUAGUAACUCGUUGUGUCAGUGAUGAAGAUAUUGAACGUGAGGAAGAGGAACAUGAAAAACAAGCUGCUACUUUGAACAAGAAAUCAGUCACACCUUAUCAAGAACCAAAGAAGGCAACCAUCCCGUCCAGAGUGAAAACAUCAAACGUGCCCUCUCGAAACUUGAGUUCUUCUACAAACUGUGAAUGCUGUGGUAAACUAGCUUCCAAGAGAUGUUCUCAAUGUCAUUCUGCGUACUUGUUCGGCCGAAUGUAUGAAGGGGUAUUGGCCCGAGCAUAA